ACGGGGGGGCCAGAGCGAGCGAGCGCGCCCGGCGAAGGGGCCGGAGACGCGGCGGCGGCAGCAAGAUGGCGGCCAAGUCGGAUGGCGGCGGCGGCGGCGUGGGCUUCGCCCAGCUGCACAACCUGGACGAGGCGGCGGCGGCGGCGGCAGCGGCGGGCGUCUGCGGCGCCGGCGGCGUCGGGGCAGCGGCGGCCGAGGGCGCGGAGGAGCCGGGCGGCAGCAGCUCCUUGCACAUCUGCCACUGCUGCAACACGUCGUCGUGCUACUGGGGCUGCCGGAGCGCCUGCCUGCGGAGCCUCUUCGGGCGGGCGGCCGCCGCCGCCGCCGCCGAGCCGCUGGCCCCGCGCCCCGCCGCCGAGGGGCCGCCGCGGGCGCCGGAGGUCGGCGAGGCGGCCGAGCGGCCGUGGCUGGACUGCCUGUGGAUCGUGCUGGCACUGCUGGUGCUGCUGGGGGACGUGGGCACGGACCUGUGGCUGGCGCUGCACCACUACGGCCGACGGGACUACGUCUGGUGCGGCCUGACGCUGGCCUUCGUGCUGCUGCCCUCGGUGCUGGUGCAGAUCCUCAGCUUCCGCUGGUUCGUGCAGGACUACACGGGCGGCGGGCUGGGCGCCGUGCAGGGCCUCAGCAGCCGCGGGCCGCCCAUGAUGGGGGCCGUCGGCCGCCGGGGGGGACCCGCCGGCGGGGUAGGAGGAGCCGGCGGCACCACCACCCCCGGGGCGCAGCGCCUCUGCAGGAUCUCCGUCUGGGUCUGGCAGUCCGUCAUCCACCUGCUGCAGAUGGGGCAGGUCUGGAGGUAUAUCCGAACUAUGUACCUGGGGAUCCAGAGCCAGAGGCGGAAGGAACACCAGCGGCGUUUCUACUGGGCUAUGAUGUACGAAUAUGCAGACGUAAAUAUGUUGCGCCUCCUGGAAACUUUCCUCGAGAGUGCCCCUCAACUGGUGCUACAGCUCUGCAUAAUGAUCCAAAAGAACCGUGCAGAAACAUUACCAUGUGUGUCCUCUGUGGCCUCCCUGAUGUCCCUGGCUUGGGUGCUAGCCUCCUAUCACAAGCUUCUUCGGGACUCUAGGGACGACAAGAAGAGUAUGAGCUACAGAGGGGCCCUCAUCCAUGUCUUCUGGCGCCUCUUCACCAUCUCAUCUCGAGUUAUUUCUUUUGCUCUUUUUGCUUCCAUUUUCCAGCUCUACUUUGGGAUCUUUGUAGUGGUCCAUUGGUGUGCCAUGGCUUUCUGGAUCAUCCAUGGUGGGACAGAUUUCUGCAUGUCUAAGUGGGAGGAGAUCCUCUUCAACAUGGUGGUAGGGAUUGUGUACAUUUUCUGCUGGUUUAAUGUCAAGGAAGGGCGGACUCGAUACAGAAUGUUUGCGUAUUACACGGUAGUCCUGACGGAGAACGCUGCCUUGACGCUCCUUUGGUAUUUUUACAGAGAUCCUGACACUACUGACUCAUAUGCCGUGCCAGCACUGUGUUGUGUCUUUCUUAGCUUUGCUGCUGGGAUAGCUUUGAUGCUGUUAUAUUAUGGUGUGCUGCAUCCCAUGGGGCCAAGAGCUAAGGUCUUUGCCAGCUCCUGUUGCGCCGAGCUGCUCUGGGGCAUUCCUUUGCCCCCCGAUGUUGAGCCCAUGGCACCCCAAACCCCUGGGUACCGGGGGGCCCAGGCUACGCCCACCAGAGCGGUCACGGAGCAACAGGAGGAACUCACGGCUGACACUUGCUUGCCUGUUUUCCAGGUGAGAGCAAUGGUACCAUCUACUCCAUCUGGGCGACCCUACCCCCCCGAGGGGCCUCUCAUUAAGAUUGACAUCCCAAGAAAAAGGUACCCUGCAUGGGAUGCUCAUUUUGUAGACAGGAGGUUAAGAAGAACUAUCAACAUCCUCCAAUAUGUCACCCCCACAGCUGUAGGUAUUAGGUAUAGAGAUGGACCUCUCUUAUAUGAGUUGCUACAAUAUGAAUCUUCACUUUAAAGCUCCUUAAAGCAAAAGAGGGGACCUUAUUUUUGUUUACGGUAAACACAGAUCAUGAAACAAACACAAACCUUCAGAUAAGCUUUCUUUCUGGUUGCUGUAUGUAUAAAAAAAAAAAAGAUAUUCUCUAUGUUUUGUAAGUAAAAACAAAAAGAAAAACUUUUCUUUUGUUUUUUACACACAAGAAACAGUAUUUCAACUUCCACACCUAGGAUUCACAGGUGGAGAAGGAGGCAUCUCCACAUCAGUUUUAUACCGUACACCAAGUGUAGAACAUUAUCUAUGGGAUUGGUGCUGAUUGAAAAAUAAAAAAAACAAACAAACAAACCUACAACUGCCUUAUGCCCUUAGGUGCUGAGUUUCAUUAAGUACUGUCACCUUUCUCAUGCAAAACUCUUUGAUGAUUAUAUGCCAGGAAAAAAAACAAAAAAGAAACAAAAAAACCAACCAACCAACUGAAAUGCAAAUCUUAAAAUUAAAAAAAAAAAAAAGAGAAAAGAAAAAAUAAACAACAAAAAGAGAGAAAUGUACAAUUAAAAAAAAACAAAAUCUUGUUGCUCUGAUUGGAUUUAGCAGAACAAAAACCCAAAUGUCUGAAGACAAGAAAGCAAAGCCAAGACAUCCCCAAUGGAGUUUGAUAUUUCCAACUGAAAGACAAAAUCAGGUCUGUAACUCAAUUCGGCAAUGCAUUUAUAACACCAUUUGGCCAAGCAUGUGAGCCUUGACCAAGUCAUGUUAUAAACAUGAUCCCGCCAUGUAACCAUUUUCCUCGUGUAAAUGGGCCAUGUGUAAUGGUCGGUUUGCACCCCAUUAAUGUGGUAAUACAGUAUCUGAUCUUGUUUCAAACAAUUGCACACGCUAAAGUGCCACUGCCUUCAGUGGAGUAAAUAAGAACCAUCUGAGCCCAGAAUAAGGCCUGCCACCUUGAUUUCUGGAAAAUAAGAAAUCUCCAAACAUUGAAAUGAUAUACCAAAAACAUUAUACUAAAGUACAUUUACACAUGUCUAAUAACUAUUUCAGUAAUAAUAAAACUCAGCAUAGUAGCAAAAAGCGAGUCAAUUUAAAGGCACAAUACUUGAUCAGUGACUGGCAAAAUAAUUUGACCUACUGUAUCAUUUUAAGGCUGUGAAAGGCAUACAUGUAUUAUUUGUAAUCUUGUGUAAGACCUGUCAUGUCUCAUUCAGUGCGAGCCUUAAAGUGAUUGUAAAGCAUCCUUCGUUCCAUUUUGGGGAUUUGGGGUUUUGAUUUUUGUUUCGUUUUGUUUUUAAGGAAAACAAAACAUGAAAAUCGGGAUAAAAAUCAAAAAAACAAAAAAGCAAACAACAACAAAACAACCAACAAACUUCUUCAAACGAUAAUAACCUGUAAACUGACUCACAUCUAGAGAU